ACGUUCGCACCUAAAAGAUUAGCUCGGCUGAGCCAUUUUCCCGUUGCUGCCGUUGCAAAAAAACAAACUAAGAAGGACAUAAAAUCGCAACAAUCAAAAUUCAAUGAAGAUGAAGCAACGAAUUUAUUGGAGUGGAUAGCCAGUCUUAUCAAGGAAGAUUUCAAUACAAGCGGGGAACGUAGUAAUUUUGCAAACACAUUAAAAGAUGGUCAAAUCCUUUGCAAGCUACUGAAUUCGGUAAAACCUGGUACAGUGAAAAAGAUAAUGAAACCUACGAGUAAUUUCAACUGCAUGGAGAAUAUCAACCAAUUCUGCAUGGCAGUCCGUGCUUUAGGCGUGAAAGAUGAAGAAACCUUUCAGUCCGUUGAUCUUUUCGAAGAGCGCGACUUAUUUUCCGUUUGUGUAACUCUGCAGUCAUUUGCAAGGAUGGUAAGCCAUAAAUAA